UUGGCAAGUUCCGCAGGCAGUUUCCGGUUCCGGUGGGUAUGCUGGAGAUACAGAGGAGUAGGGAAGAGAAAGACAAAAUAGUCGGCUGAUACUGGGCAGAAGACCCACAGAGCGAUUCCAUGGCAACCACUGCCCUCAGCCGGGAUCCCUUUCUAGGGGUGAAUUUCCCCUCCCAGAAGCCCCUAUCACAGCGAGUAGUGAGGCACGCAUUGGCCAUCCUGCACCUCCUGACCAACCAGGGCGACAUGUUGGUACCGACAGACUCUGGAUCCAGUUUGGAGCUUGGGAAGCGGAACCACGAGAAGAAAGUGAAAGUGGAUCAAGUCAUGAAACUGGUUCUGGGAAUAAUUCACCUCCUGAAUGAGGGGCAGAUGGAGGAGGCGAGUGUGAGCUUCUCAGCCGAGGAGUGGGGUUCCCUGGAGAAGGAGCAGAGAGACCUGUACAAGGACCUCCUGAUGGAAAACGAUGAGACCCUGAGAUCCCUCAAUUCUUUCAGUGUGAAAACCGAGUCGUGUUCAAGAGCCGAGAGGGAGGAGCUUCAUAUAAAGGAUCCGCCAGAAGAUCCGCCCCCAGAUCUGCACCCAAACACUUUCCCUUGCACAGAUGCCCCUGGGCGGGGUAUAAAAGCUACCCCUUUAGCGGAUGUCAUGGGAACCUCCUACUCUAUGGAUCCCUACCAGGGCGCCGACUCAGCCACCUUCCCCAAACUGCUGGGCCCUGGUACCCCGACCUCUAUAAUCCCAAACCCCCCCACAAAUAGCUCUGCCAUGGAACACUCCAUAGGUACCUACCCCAGCAAUCCUGCAAUGGAACAGUCCAUAGGUACCUACCCCAGCAACGAAUGCUCAGUGAGCACUUACCCCAAUCACUCCGGCACCGAGGGCCCAGUCACUACCUACUCUGAUACCUGUAUCUCAGCAGAUCCAAUCAGUUCCAGCCCCAGAACCCUAUCAGAAUCCUGCAAAGACUCCUACAUGGACAGUUACCCCAGUACAAUGACAGAGCCGAGCAUGAUCCCCGCUAGCGGUACAGCCUGCGGUGCGCUGAUCAGUCAUUUCAUUGGCACCUACCCCGGCUCCAGCCCUGAGGCCUUUCCAGGCAACAUGGCGGCCAUUCACAUCAAGCAGGAGGGAUCCCCGCCAGAUGGGCCUUCGGGCAAAUGGACUGUAGCCGCCGCCCCCUAUAGCCCAGCCAAUGGGUCAGGAGGGGGGCCCCUUAAGAAACAAGGGAAAGUGGCAAAGAAGCCUCCCCCGCGGGCCCCCGGGCACAGCUCCGAGAAGCAGAGGGAGGCGCGAUGGAGCCCGGACAAAGCGCAGACGGUGGGGGAGAACCCCAGGGGCCACGCCGGCAGGUUCGAUAGCCGCGCUCCGCACCGGAAGCACCCGGGGAAGAAACCGUUUGAGUGCAUGCGGUGCGACAAGAGCUUCAAGUGCCGCUCCCACCUGGUCAUGCACCAACGGGUCCACACGCGGGAGAGGCCCUACGUCUGCACCGAGUGCGGCAAAAGCUUCACCCAAAGCUCCAACCUGUUCCGCCACCAGAGGGGGCACCGGGGCGAGAGGCCCUACGUCUGCACCGAGUGCGGCAAAACCUUCACCCAGAGCUCCUAUCUGCUCAUCCACCAGCGCACCCACACCGGGGAGCGGCCCUACUCCUGCACCCACUGCGGCAAAAGCUUCCGGGUCAGCUCCACCCUCGUCCGGCACCAGCGGGUCCACGUGGGGGAGAAACCCUUCGGCUGCACCAAGUGUGGCAAGCGCUUUACCCAGAGUUCCUACCUGCUGAUCCACGAGAGGACGCACACGGAGGAGAGACCGUUCAGUUGCACCGUGUGCGGCAAAGGCUUCAAGGUCAACUCCUCGCUCUUACGGCACCAGAGACUGCACCUCGGCGAGAAGACUCACACCUGUGCUCACUGCGGCCAGGGCUUCCCCGAGCUCUCUCGCCUACUCUCACACCAGCAGUCUCACUUCCAGGGGGGGUCCCCAGGGGGCCCGAGCGUUGGCUUGCCGUAUGAUUGGGAGUAGCGCAGCUGUAAGCUCUUGGGGGCAGCCCUGGCCUCAGGCAGAAUGAGAUCUCAUUGAACCCAAGUGCUGGCCCAGAGGGGGUGCUGCUCAGGGCACCGGAACCAGCAGGACUAGAGCCAGAAUAGGCCUGUGACCCACCGGAGAGUAAAGCUUUGGCCUCGUUGGUACAUUGGCGCCUUCAGUACCGAGAGUUAAAGGGACAGUACCCCCUUUGUGCAACAGGAGUGCAGUGAGUAGGGCUGGAACCGGCUCCUCCCUGUUUGCUCCUUGGGGGGUAGGUACUCAGGGAUCCUCAGUGCAUAAUGGGCUCCUGCUAACAAAUCAGUCACAACAAAGGGGGAAGGGAGCGGUUUCAUGCUGGGACUCAAAUGAACCAAACACAGAGUAGCUUCAGUUUCCCUGUUACCUGCCCGGGCCCCCGUGUGCAUAGGUGAGUUACCCGCCAGGGCCCCAGUGCGCGUAGGUAAGUUACCCGCCCGGGCCCCAGUGCGCGUAGGUAAGUUACCCGCCCGGGCCCCCGUGUGCGUAGGCGAGUUAGCUACGAUCCCUCUCACACACACAGGGACCCGGGUAGGUAACACGGAAACUGAAGCUACUCUGUUUGGUUCAUUUGAGUCCCAGCAUUAAACUGCUGCCUUCCCCCUUUGUUGUGACUGUUCUGUUAGCAGGAGCCCAUCAUGCAGUGGGAAUAUCUGCACUGAGGAUCCAAUUACCUACCCCCCAAGGAGCAAACAGGGAGGAGCCUGAAUAGCCAGAGCCUUAGCCAAUCCCCAGCACCACUGAACUUACUGGACGGAGGGGCCCCUUGUUGGGCCCUACAUUCAGGCCGGUUCUGUCCCGCUGAUCUCUCUGGCCAGGGACAGGAAUGAGGCCGACAUAGGAAAAUAGAUUUAUUUCACAAAGCAAAGUAAUAAAUAUAAUUACUGGUUUAUAUACAAG